AUGGCGCCGACCGCCACGAGCACGGAGUGGGAUCACGAAUACCACACUCUCCGUCGUGAGAACCUGUUCCGAAACCCUCCCAAGGACCACACGGCGUACCCGGCUCUUCAAGCUGCCGUCGACCCGCACAUCGAGUCGUUCGACCGCCUUUUCCGCGACGAUGGCAAGCCCGGAUUGCUGGCGCACGGCCUCGCAGACAUUGGCACAAAGAUCUAUCUCGACGGCGACGAGAGGGCCGGGCCUGAGGGGAAGAACCGCAUUGGCAUUAGGUUCAAGGAUGUGAACCUCCAGCGGGCGCAAGUCCCCCCUUCAAACAAGCAAGCCAAGAACCGCGAAAUUUUCCCUGCAGAGUGCAGAGAACGCCAUGUCACAUACCGAGGCAAGCUGUCUGCCACCUUCGAGUACCGUCUCAAUGGUGGCGACCCCGUCGAGUUUACUCGAGAGCUUGGUCAGGUUCCAAUUAUGCUCAAGUCAAACAGAUGCCACCUGCAAAACAAUUCCCCCGACCUGCUAGUUAAGCGCAAGGAAGAAUCCGAGGAGUUGGGUGGAUACUUCGUUGUCAAUGGUAUCGAGAAGAUUAUUCGACUUCUGCAGCUCAACAAGCGAAAUUUCCCCAUGGCCAUCAACCGUCCCAGUUUCCAGAACCGUGGCCCAGGUUAUACGCCUUAUGGUAUUAUUCUUCGAUCUGUGCGGCCAGACGAGACAUCCCAGACCAACGUCCUCCACUACCUGAACGAUGGAAACAUGACCUUCCGAUUCUCCUGGCGCAAGAACGAAUACUUGGUCCCCGUCAUGAUGAUCCUGAAGGCUCUCGUGGAGACCAACGAUCGCGAAAUUUUCGAGGGGCUGGUCGGUCCUGCUGGCUCCAAGUCGGCAGGAAACACCUUCUUGACAGAUCGAAUUGAGCUCCUCCUGCGCACAUACAAGUCGUACGGGCUCUAUACGAAACAUGAAACUCGUGCCUAUCUUGGCGAGAAGUUCCGAAUCGUUCUCGGUGUUCCGGAUACCAUGUCCAAUUAUGAAGUCGGAACCGAAUUCCUUCGCCGCAUCGUCUUGGUCCACCUGGGCAACAUCGACGUCACGCCUGCCCAGGACGCCGACAAGUACAAGCUGAUUCUCUUCAUGAUCCGAAAGCUCUAUGCCCUGGUGGCGGGCGAAUGCGCCGUGGACAAUCCUGAUGCCGUUCAGCACCAGGAGGUUCUCCUGGGCGGAUUCCUGUACGGACAGAUCCUCAAGGAGAGGCUGGACGAAUUUUUGGGUGUUAGCGUGCGAGCCUCGGUUCGUGACUGGGUUCGAAGGCAUCCUGGAGUUCCGUUUACGUCAGAUGACUUCCGAAAGGAUUUCCCUGGAAACAUUUUCCGCAAAGCAAACGAGAAUAUCGGCCACUCCCUGGAAUACUUCCUGUCAACUGGUAACCUGCAGAGUCCGUCUGGUCUCGACCUGCAGCAGACUGCUGGUUUCACUGUUGUUGCCGAAAAGCUCAACUUCCUCCGUUUCAUCAGUCACUUCCGAAUGAUCCAUCGUGGUGCCUUCUUCGCCCAGCUUAAGACAACUACAGUUCGAAAACUUCUGCCUGAAUCGUGGGGAUUCCUGUGCCCUGUCCAUACUCCUGAUGGUGCCCCUUGCGGUCUUCUGAAUCACAUGACUCACAAGUGUAAGAUCACGACGGACUCUAUUGAUGUAUCGGCGAUCCCUGCGCUGGCAGCCGAGCUCGGCGUGUCCGAGAUCUCUUGCGCCUCCACAGAGGACAGUGUUGCGGUUGUCCUGGAUGGCAGAGUCCUCGGCUUCUGCUCGCCAAAGGAAUCGCUGAGAAUCGCUGAUUGCUUCCGCUACUGGAAGGUCGAGGGAACCCACGGCGUCCCUCUGCAGCUUGAAAUCGGCUACGUGCCACCGUCUCGCGGAGGUUCCUAUCCUGGUGUUUACUUGACCUCAACUCCUGCUAGAUUUCUCCGACCAGUGAAGUAUCUGCCACUCCAGAAGGAGGAUUUCGUGGGACCUUAUGAGCAGCCAUACAUGUCUAUUGCUGUCGUUCCCGAAGAGAUCGAAUCCGGCCGGUCGACGCACGUCGAAUUCGACCCAACCGACAUGUUGUCUAUCCUCGCCAAUAUGACUCCCUUCUCCAACUUUAACCAGUCGCCUCGUAACAUGUACCAAUGUCAGAUGGGUAAACAAACGAUGGGUACACCUGGAGCAGCCAUUCGACACCGAACCGACAACAAAUCCUACCGAAUACAAACUGGACAAACACCUAUUGUGCGAGCGCCACUACACAACACCUACGGAUUCGACAACUUCCCCAACGGCUUCAACGCCGUCGUUGCCGUUAUUUCCUACACUGGUUACGACAUGGACGACGCCAUGAUUCUGAACAAGUCCGCCCACGAGCGCGGUUUCGGCCAUGGCACGAUUUACAAGACAAAGAAGGUCUCUCUCAAGGACGACUCGAGGACCAAGGCCAGCAAGAGUGUAACCAAGGCGUUCGGGUUUGCCCCUCACAGCUUCGUCAGCGCCUCCUACCAGGGAAUGCUGGAUGACGACGGCCUUCCACACAUCGGCCGCAUGGUCCAGGAAGGCGAUGUGAUCUGUGCUUGGCACACCGUGACACCUGACUACAAUGGAAAUCUGGUGAACCUCGAUGGCAUCACUCACUACGAGAAGUACAAGGAUGGAGAGACGGGCUUCGUCGAGGAGGUUCGCUUGAUCGGCGCGGAGACUGGUAAUGAGCCCCUACAGACCAUCUCCAUGAAGCUCCGUGUCCCUCGAUCGCCCAUCAUUGGUGACAAGUUCUCGUCUCGCCACGGACAGAAGGGUGUUUGCUCGCAAAAGUGGCCCGCGAUCGAUAUGCCCUUUUCCGAGUCCGGUAUGCAGCCCGACAUCAUCAUCAACCCUCACGCUUUCCCCUCUCGAAUGACGAUCGGUAUGUUUGUCGAGUCGCUGGCCGGUAAGGCUGGUGCCCUGCACGGCCUCGCCCAGGAUUCGACCCCCUUCAAGUUCACCGAGGAGAACACGGCCGCGGAAUACUUUGGACACCAGCUCAUGAAGGCCGGAUACAACUACCACGGCAACGAGCCCAUGUACUCCGGUGUCACCGGCGAAGAGCUGGGCGCAGACAUCUACAUUGGACUCGUCUACUACCAGCGUCUGAGACACAUGGUCAACGACAAGUACCAGGUCAGAACGACCGGGCCCAUUGUCCCCACAACCGGACAGCCAAUCAAGGGAAGAAAGCGAGGUGGUGGUAUCCGUGUGGGAGAAAUGGAGCGUGACGCCCUCCUCGCCCACGGAACCGCAUUCCUGCUCCAGGACAGACUGCUCAACUGCUCAGACUACGCCAAGACGUGGAUCUGCCGCAGGUGCGGAUCCUUCCUGUCCGUGCAGCCCACCGUGUCCCAGUUCGCGCCCGGGAAGAAGAAGGCGCCCAGCAUCGUCCGCUGCCGCAACUGCGCCAUCAAGCUCGACGACAGCGAGGGCAUCGACCUCACCCAGGUCCAGGGCGAGAUCUGGGAGGAUGGCCAGGGCAACUCGUGGGUCGGUGGCGACCAGACCACGCAGGUGGUGGUACCUGGUGCGCUCAAGUACUUGGAUGUCGAGCUGGCCGCCAUGGGAGUGAAACUCAAGUACCGGUUGGACCGGGGAGACGAGCCUCGCAAGGGCCCGAUGCGACCUGCCUCGGCGCCGGCUAUCCCAGUAGCGUAA